CUGGGUGCCCAGUAUCUGCUCUCCCUCCCCAAAGGUCUGCAGUCUCUUAGUCAUCCCCUGUACUGUCUGCAGUCUCUGGUCAGGCCCUGUACUGUCUGCAGUCUCUUGGUCAUCCCUGUACUGUCUGCAGUCUCUGGUCAUCCCCUGUAUUGUCUGCAGUCUCUUGGUCAUCCCCUGUAUUUUCUACAGUCUCUUGGUCAUCCCCUGUAUUUUCUACAGUCUCUUGGUCAUCCCCUGCACUGUCCGCAGUCUCUGGUCAUCCCCUGUACUGUGUCCGCAGUCUCUUGGUCAUCCCCUAUACUGUCUGCAGUCUCUGGUCAUCUCCUGUACUGUUCGCAGUCUCUGGUCAUCUCUUGUACUGUGUCCGCAGUCUCUUGUCAUCUUCUGUACUGUGUCCGCAGUCUCUGGUCAUCUCUUGUACUGUCCGCAGUCUGGUCAUCUCCU